ACAACAAAUACCCAGCGGCUAUUGAGGCGUGCCCCAAUAUUUUUACCCUGCUGAAAGAUGAUCUUGUUUUUGUUUUGCAUUUCUCUUUUCAGUCUGCCUUGUUAUUCUUCAGCAAAAAGAAACGACAGGCCUAUUAUUGGUAUUCUGGCUCAAGAGGUUUAUUUGCCAAAACCAAAUCAAACGGCGUACAUCGCUGCUUCCUAUGUCAAGUUUCUGGAGUCAGCAGGAGCCAGGGUUGUCCCUGUCAUGAUUAACCAGACAUCGGAGGACUACAUUAAACUGUUCAACUCCAUUAACGGAAUCCUUUACCCUGGUGGAAGUGCCAGCAUUAUUUCAUCUGGUUACCAAAGGGCUGCCAAAAUAUUUUAUGAACUUGCUAUUGAGGCAAACAAGAGACGCGACUAUUUUCCUGUGUGGGGCACCUGUCUCGGAUUUGAGCAGCUGACCUAUUUGACGUGUGGAGAGAUGGUGCUUUCACAUACCGAUACGAAGAAUGUGUCAUUGCCUCUGAACUUUACUGAUGAAAUCAAAGACAGCAGGAUGUUUAAAGGAUUUCCAGCUGAACUUAUGAAAGAUUUGGCUUCAGAGCCACUGACAGAAAAUUCUCACCAGUGGAGUCUGGCAUUGUCAACUUACAACACGAAUGAGGAACUGAAGAUGUUUUACAGAGCUCUCUCCACAAAUACAGAUGGAAGAAUAGAAUUUGUGUCAACAGUGGAAGCAUACGAUUACCCAUUUUAUGGUACACAGUGGCAUCCAGAGAAGAAUGCAUUUGAAUGGACAAGGCCUUAUUUUCCACACUCUCCAUCAGCUGUCAAGACAACCUUCUACAUGGCUGACUUCUUUGUCAGUGAAGCCAGGAAGAACUUUCACAGAUUUGAAUCUGAGGAGGGGGAGAGCAAAGCAUUGAUAUACAACUACAGUCCUGUUUACACUGGACAUGAGAGUGGCUUUGAGCAAACGUAUUUCUUCUGAUGCCCAUUUGGAAAUAUAGUUGUUUUACAUUGUACACACCGUCCCAACUUUAUCUAAAAUACAUUGUAAAUAUGCACGUGUAAAAUCUUGUCCUUGAUUUCUCUCGAAUACUUUAUAUUGUCUUGUUUUAGGUAU